AUGUCUACGAUCUGUGCAGUGACAGAAUGCCCGCCGCGCGGCACACUGCGCGAUAUACACAGUAGUUUGGUCACCAGAGAUUUUGCGUUUAUUAGCUCGCUUAUUGUCGAUUAUCUCGAGGCAGUGUGCUUUCUGCAUCAGUCUCCGUUGCGCUAUCACGGUCGCCUUACACCAAUAGCGUGCUGGAUUGAUAAGCACUUUACACUGAAAGUGACCAACUACGGAUUCGACCAGUUAGGCGCCGAGCUGUGCACUAAGUGUGAGGACAUGGAGCCGCUUAGCUACAGCGAACUGACUGAGCACCUGUAUUGGCUGACGCUGGAGAAGCCGGAUCCCAGUGAUCCUAAAGCCAUGCAAGCAGUGGAUGUGUUUUCGUCGGGGUUUAUCAUCUACGAGAUGCUCAGCAAUGGAGCGCUAUUUCACAAGUUUCAAGCGUUAACCAAAGACGAAUUAUAUACUUUGAACUCUUAUAACGACAACAUUUACCACGGCGCAGUGGAGUUCUCGAAUUUUCCCCCUUUCGAAAGUGUACUGCGAUCGUGCUGGCUUGCCGAUCCGCAGCAGCGACCCAGCAUGCCGCGUCUGCGGUCACGCAUCGCGGACAUCUCACCGUUGCUCAUGCUUAGUCGGACGAAAUUAUUUGAUAAGAUCUACAAACGAAUCUCAGAUUAUUCCGAAGAUUUGGAAAAUUUGGUGGCAAUCAGGACACACAAUUUGCAGGAAGAGAUGAGCAAGUGUGAUGCUAUUAUUGGUCAAUUUUUACCAAGAUCAAUCGUGAAGCAGUUACGUGUGGGUCGCGACGUGAUGCCGGAGCUUUUCGACUCAGUAACGGUAAUGUUCACUGACCUAUCGGGGUUUGUGGAUUUUGUCGAGGCGAGCAGUCCGGAGAGUACGAUCAGUCUGAUCGGCGAAACGGAAGCCUGCUUCGACCGGUUGUCGACGCGGUACGAUGUGUACAAAGUGGAAGCCGUUGGAGACUCAUAUUUGGUUGCCAGUGGCCUACCAGAAAGAAUUGGUAAUGAUCACAUCCAGCGGAUCGCCUUCUUUGCGCUGAAGCUAAUGGAAUCCGAGUCGCAACUGACUUUUCUUCGAACGCUUCGCUUUAAAGUUGGAUUACAUUCUGGUCCCUGUGCUGCGGGUGUUCUGGGACUCAGAAGACUACGCUAUUGUUUAUUUGGGGACACCGUCAAUUUAGCCUCGCGAAUGUGUAGUCAAGGUCUGCCGGGGCGCAUACACAUCAGUUCGGAGUCCAGAACUUUAUUGGGAGGCUUUCCUGAAUACAGCGUCGACCGCCGGGGAAUAUUGGCCAUUAAGGGUACGUUGGAAAUGACAACGUACUGGCUAACGGGUUGGACUGGCAGUGGGACCAUAUGA